AUGGCGACUUACAGAGCGUUGCAAAGAAGGGGUCUGGCCUACGACCUCGUUGGCAUGUUGAGUUCCAAGGCGCACGAGAAAUGGCUUCAGAAGGACUUUGAUACCUUGCAGACCCCAGCGCCCCCAGGCUUCAACCGUCCGACGCUGCAGCAGGUCCUGCGAGCAGAUCGGGCCUUGUGGAGGGAGCUUGGCAGCAAACAGCCGACCCUGAAAAGGGCAGCGGCGAAGGUGCCGCUCGCGGACGCCCGGUGCUUAGAUCAAGUCUUCCUGGAAGCCACAAACACGGUUGCAGUCAAUUUUCACUUCAUGCCGACACCUCGUGCGGAAGGGUUCACAGAUAAAGGAGGCAAAGGCGCGGGCAAGGGCCCCCAACCGUUGGGGCGAUGGAAAAGGUAUGGGCAAUGGAAAUAUCAGAGGACAGACAAAAGGGACAAGGGCCAGAGAGGCGAAUCAGGGGUCAAGGGAGCCCGCCUCCCCACGGAAGGCAAAUUUGACAGUGGCAAGGGCGGCUUUCCGAAUAAGUACCUUGUGUUGCAAGGAGGCAAGGGGGAGACCCCCAUGCCGGCCGCCUUGCGAGGUGGCGUGCCGAACGACGAGCACGGAGAUCCUCUUUGUUUUGGCCUCAACCUAGGACAGUGCAAGGAUGCCCCAUUGGGGGGGCAGAUGCGCACGUGGCAGACAUGUAUGCUGUCACCCAGGUUGCUUUCGGAAGCAUCCCUUUUCUGA